GUGAACGGCAAAAGGAGGCCGAGAUUUUUUCUAUCCCAUUCGUGUUUUUUUUUCUGACCGUAUAGAUCAAAUUGUUUCUAUUCGAAUGAGCAGAGAGCUCUAGGCGGCGGAACAAGUUUAACCGGAAAUCGCAUCCUGUUAGAAACGCGGUGAACAAAUACGCUCCAGCAUGGAUUCCCGAUAUGGUCGCAGCUUCUCGGGAGGCAAUGGCAACGAGUCGGGCUACAGGCGCUAUACCCGCUCCAGAUCCCGAUCCAGGGAGCGCAGUCGGGAUCGCAACGAGUACAGACGUCGCAGCUCGCGCUCCCGCAGUCGGGAGAGGUCCACGCACUACAGGCACGAUCACAGUUCGGAUCGCGAUCUCUACCGUGACCUGAUCAACGAGGAUUACGAAGAUCAGGGGAGCUAUGGCUCAAGGCAUAACUAUGAUCAUCGUCAGCAGCGCAACGAGGACAACUACGAUCGUCGGGAUGUGGAUAGCCACGGUCGCCGGGAUCAUGAGAGCUAUAACAGUCAUAACCGUCAUGAGCAGAACAACCACGAUCAACGUAGUCAGGAUAAAUAUGACAAUGAGCGCGAUCACCGCUGGAAGAACUACGAUCGGGAGUCGAAGGAGCGCAACUAUGACGACUUUGACAGGGGAUCUGAGCGCAGCAGCCGCAGUGGCGACCAGCGCCAGUACAAUAAUAAUGGCAAUGGGAACUCUAGCAGCAACAAUAGAGAUCGGGAGAGGGAACGCGAAAGACAGUAUUCCUCGGAUGAGGACAGCGACAUUGCCAAUGAAUUUAAGCAGCGAGGUCAUCAUGGCGGCAGCGUGGAGCCGCUCAACAACAUAAUCCUCUUCGGUCUGAAGAAGCACGUCACCGAGGCAGACAUCAUGGGCGAGCUGAUCAAAGUCGAUAUGGAACCCAGUUCCAUUCGCGUGAUGAGGAAGCAGCCAACAGGUGCCUCACGCUGUUUUGCAUUUGUCGAGUUUAAAACCGUUGAGGAGGCGAGACAAUGGAUGGAGUUAACCCAGGGAGUGCUCCAGCUGGGAGACCAUCGUGUAUCCAUGCAGUAUAGCCACACUCGCAUCUCGGACUGGACCUGUGUUAAGUGUGGUGCCAGCAACUUUAAGCGCCGCUUUCAGUGCUUCGUGUGCAGCUCCUCGCGGGCGGAGAGCGAGAAUGCUCUGUCCGGAGCCGGCGAGGGCGUCGACGAGAUCAGCCGCAUCCUCACAAAAAAGAUCAUGCUUCGCGGCUUGGACGCGCUGACCAACGAAGAGGGCGUGCUCACUGCCCUCCAGCAGCACCUGCCCGACCUGGCCAAAACAGUCAGCAAGGUGCUGGUCAGUCGCGACGCCCUAACCCAGGCAUCUCGGGGCAUUUGUUAUCUUAACUUUGACACACUCGUCGAUUCCAUGAAUGUGUUUAACGGCUUGACGGCCUUGGAUCCGCCACUCACACUGGAUGACAAAACUGUUAUCGUGAACUACUGUAUGGAUCCCGAGAAUCGUCAAGUGCCGCCAACCGACACAAGCGCAUCUAGAGCCGGCGCAGCCUCGAUGCCACCGUCUGGAGUGUGUGCAGGCUACACCCUUGCGGAUGUCCCGCGCCUCGCCGAGUACAGUGCAUCCAUGUAUGCCUCAAACCCAGUGGAGCAUGCCCAUUACGUCCAGUACUAUACGGAUUAUUACACGACUGAAAUCGGUAAGAACAGCGCCGAUCCGCAGCUGACAGAGGCCAACUCAGGGGCAGCGGUGGCUCUCUCGGCCAUUCAGCGUAAGCAGAGGAAGGUUGGCCAUGUGGAGGUCACAACAUCUGUGCCCGAGGCGAAGGCCGCAUUCCUUGCCAGGGGAGCAAGUGCUCCCAGGGGUAAUGAUGGAAAGAAAUACCCCACUCCCGAUGUGUCGAAGUACCAGUACGAUGAGACCUCCGGCUAUUACUACGACCACAUCACCGGUCUGUACUACGAUGCUCACUCGCAGUACUACUACAACAACGAGACGGGCGCGUACCUCUAUUGGGAUCAGAAAAGAAGCACCUAUGUGCUGGCCACACCCGCUUCUACCCAGGCCGCUCUCCAAGAAGUAAUAGCCGAUGCAGAGAAAAAAGAGGAGGAGGCCAAAAAGGCUAAGGAGAAGGAGAAGGAAAAAGAUGAAGGGGGCAAGCCCGACAAGGUCAAGGUGGCCAAGAAGAUUGUCAAGGACAUGGAGAAAUGGGCCAAGCACCUAAACCAGAGAAAGGACUACACAGCAGUGGCCACACCGCAGCCCAUUCUGUCGGAAAAUGAUGCUCCCAGCACAUCGCGCGGCACUCAAGGAGCUUAUGCUGAUGUGGGAUUCUCGAUCCUAGAGAAGAAGGAGCGUGGUAAGCUCAACGAUUAUGUACCACAGGGAUCACAACCGGCGAUGAACAAACUGGUCAACGCCUAUGGAGGGCCAUCAGACUCGGAAGACGACGUUGGUGGGGCCGCCCAGAGCUUGCAGAAGGCUGUGGAGUUAUCCGGUGGGUCUGGGCGAGGAGCUGCCGAAGAAUCUGACUACGUGGAUUUCCAAAAGCUUACUUGCCUGCUCUGUAAGCGUGCCUUUCAAUCGCCAGACAUCCUGCAGAAGCACCUGAAGAUGUCCAAUCUACACAAGGAGAAUCUGGCUAAGCUCAAGCAAAAUUCUGGUGGAGCAGCUGGCACUGAUGAGGGACUAUCUUAUCGUGACCGUGCCAAGGAGCGCCGGUUGAAGUACGGCGAGAGCGAUCCUCCUCCACCUAAUCGCAGCAGAGAGCGCUUUGAGCAGGAAAUAAAGACUUUGCAGACGGGGCCGAAGAACCCUUCUGGGGCUGCUCCAGCCAUGCCCAUUAGUUCGAGCAACGUGGGCAGUCGACUGAUGCAGAAGAUGGGCUGGUCGGAGGGCCAGGGACUGGGCAGGAAGAACCAAGGACGCACACAGAUCAUAGAGGCUGAUGGUCGUUCCAACAACGUGGGCCUGGGCAACAAGGUUGGAAAUAUGACACCUGGAAACGACUACAAAUCCUACAUCAAAAAGAUGAUGAAGCAGCGUUACGAGAACGCUUGAGACUUCUCUUAGGACAUAUAUGAAUUAAUUCCGCUUAGAAAUAGGAGCAUUUAGGCAUUGUUUACCUCAAUUUCACAUCGACCACCUUAUUGCGCUCAUUUAGCAGUACUUGCGAAGUUAACAUGUAAAUAGUUCAUGAAUAAAGUUUCAAAUUAUAUUUGAUUUAUAUUAA